AUGGCCCAAGACAACCGUGGCAUGAUUUACAUUGCAAAAUUGAAGGUCCAGCUGCUUACGAUGUGCUCAAGAACUUCGAGCAACGGUGGAAAAAAGCCACUGAGUGCUCUGAGUUUACACGGUGCUAAUAACUUAAUCCCAAUGGAACUGGCACUAAAAAUUGUUAGUAAAAUAAGGACGAAAGAGAGAUUUAGUGUUUAUGUUGUUAUCCCAAUGUGGCCGGAAGGCGAACCCGAUUCCGACUCUGUACGAGCAAUCCUUUAUUGGCAGGGGCAAACAAUACAAAUGAUGUAUCAAAUUAUCUCUCAAGAGCUCAAGUCUGCUAAUUUUGAGAACGCACAUCCAAGCGACUAUUUGAAUUUCUACUGUCUUGGCAAUCGAGAGGAACGCCAUAGAGAAGAAUCAUCUAGUGGAAUGGUAGUGGAUGAUGAAUAUGUGAUAAUUGGUUCGGCCAAUAUAAACCAACGGUCUAUGGCUGGUCAUAGAGAUACAAAAAUUGCAAUGGGCGCUUAUCAACCCCAUUACACCUGUACUAGAAAGAAGGAACAUCCAUGUGGCCAGAUAUAUGGAUAUAGAAUGUCACUUUGGGCAGAACACCUUGGUUGUAUUGAGAAUUGCUUCAAAUAUCAUGAGAAUUUAGAGUGUGUAAGGUACAUAAAUAAUGUUGCCGAAGAUAACUGGAAGAGAUACACAGCUGAUGAGUAUAAUCAAUUACAAGGGCAUAUUCUCAAAUAUCCGAUUGAAAUCGGAGUUGAUGGAAGCGUAAACCCCUUGCCUGGACACGAAUUAUUUCCAGACGUUGGUGGUCUAGUUCUAGGGAAUCCACCAAUUUUUCCUCCUGUGAUAACUGCUUUAUCAAUCGAAAGAAAUGAAAUUGGAAAAUAG